AUGUCGGCGCGAAGCACACAUACUAUGAACGAAAAUAUUGGGCCGUACGGAAGGUCGCUGUAUCCAUUCCAAGGCGAAUUCACGAACGAGUUGUCCUUUGGUGCCAACGAGAUUGUGAAGCUUAUUCGACGAGUUGAUACGGAAUGGAUGGAGGGUGAAGUCAACGGGCAAACCGGAAUCUUCCCGGCCAACUAUGUGCAGAUCGUUGUCGAUUUCCCAUCAGCUCCACUGAAUGGCACCCCGAACGGAGGAUCGAAAGAUGAUGAUGGCAUCGGAGUGGCCACCGUGAAGCAUGCAUUCGAGGGUCGCGAAGCUGAUGAGCUAACCGUUCAAGCGGGGGACAGUGUCCGUGUGUUGCGAAUGGUCGACAACGAAUGGGCGCAAUGCCGAGAGCCGCUUUCCGACACGGUUGGCAUCAUUCCGAUCGCCUUCCUCGAAAUGUACCUUGAUGAUGACGUGGAGGAGAUGGCGGAGAACGUGCAGGACACCAUGAGCUCGACCAAUGCGUGGAAUAGCUCGUCGCUGAGCGGCUCCAGCGCCCCACCGGCAUUUUCCGGAAGUUUCGAUCGGCCGCUUGGCUCACAAAUUUCUAAUGAUUUUGGCCUCAACCACACUGGCGGUUCAUCGAGCUGGGCCAGAUUCGACGACUGGGACAUGGCCAAAGAACCGGAUGCCGUCACACAGACCAGCAAGCUGUCGGAGAAGUACAAGCGCGUGUUGAGCAACGGCAUCCCGCAGCUGGUGGAGCUGUCGUUGUUGUUGGCCGAUACGCUGAAGAUGGAUCUUGAGGAGCCUGUCGAACGACAAAAGAUUGGCGAAAUCUUCAUGAACAUGCAAAAAAUGUUCACCCAUGCCUACGGCUUCUUCUUCCGCAACAUUGAGUACAUCCACGCCGUCGUCGAGAAUAAAUCCGACAAAAAGUUGCAAGCUGCGAUGACGGAGGUGUUGGGCUGGAUGCGGACAUACGGCAGUUUUUGUUUCGACGUCCCGACUGCUGUCAGCCGGCCCGUCCAUCGAGCCUUGAAGUAUCCGCUUUUCCUAUCGGAGAUCAUCAAGUAUACGAGCACGACACAUCCCGAUCACCCCAAGUUGCUGGAGGCGUUCAAACAGAUGAGCAACCUCGGGCAGAAGAUGAACGAGAGCAAGCGGCGCAAAGAAUUGAUGUUCCAAACCGUCGACUCGCCCCAGGCCGAGGUUCUUCUAUCGCGCAAGUACAGCGAAGAGCAGAGCGCGACACUGACCCAAAAGUUGUCGCGCCUCUCGGUGCACUCGGUCGUCAAGAAGAGCAACCGCUUCAAGUAUCGGAUGGGCAGCGCCAUCGGCAUUUUGCAUUUGACACGUGACCCGGAUUUCGAGCAAAUGGUCUCCGAACUCGACCAAUGCGAACGUCGACUCGUCCGCUUCAACUACCAACUGGUCAUCUACCAAAAGAAGCUGCAGCACGACAUGAAGCGCCAAAUCGAGGUCCUCAUCGUCGCACCAAAUGCAUCGCGGAUGCCGGAGAAGGCGGCUAUGCAACAGCUGAAGCCAUUCUUUGAGAUACUGCAAGAAUUUGUUAAGGAGACCAACUACAAGGUGAAAGACGAUUGCCUGAAGGCGAUUCGCGUGAUCCCCAAGCGACUAAUCGCCAAGCGCAACGACAAGCUGAUGGAUUAUGAGGCGGCGAAAAGCGGCGCAAAACUGGCCGAGGAGAUGAACGCCCGAUUCCGGGACUUUGAUGCCCUGAACCAGCAAGUCAAAACGACGGUGCCGAAAGUGAUCGACGUGAUGAAUCAGGUGCUCAAAAACGGGAUGGCCACCCUCGAAGAAAUGGACGCGGGGCUGAUGCGCACGCUGAAGGACCGCUUUGAGCUGGAGCAGCAACGGUCAACACAUUUGUUGAUCACGCCGAGCACCAUCUGCUUCGUCGACUUGAUGGACAAAAAUCGGCUGAACCCGCUUCGUCAAAUCUCCACCAAAGCCGUCUCCAACCUUCGGCCGUUGAAAUCGAGCAUGAAAAAGCGGGCAAAAGAAGCCUCCACCUCGUCAGCUACCCCCGCCACCACCCCCAAAAUCAUCCCGACCUUCGCGUCGCAGGCCUCCCUCGAUGAGAUUUGGAAGGGCGCGGCUGCUCCGCCUCCAGCCCCGCCCGUCGAGCGACGAUUCCGAGGGCAGACCGACGCCGAGAAGAAGGUGUUGCUCGAAAAGGCCGAUGCGCGCGGUCGACGUUCCGACGUGUUCCGUUGUGUGUCCGAGUGGCCGGCGUCUCUGGAGGCUCGUGAAGCUAGCGAAAAAACGGGCCGAAUGCUCAUUGUCAAGACUGGCGAUGCCGUGCUGGCCGUUCGUAAGGAGGAGCGCGGCUUGUGGUAUUGCUAUAAUGGGUUCUACAAUGGUCUGCUCCCCUCUGGUAUCCUGAUGCCUUUCUACGAACGCCCAGGCACGAACAUUGGAGAACCAUUCGCCGAUUUUGGACUCCUCGAACAACGAGCUGCCGUCGCCACUGAACGACCCAAGAGCACGCCACCUGUGAAGAACACGAAUAACUUGAUCGACCUCUUGGACGAUAUCAUCCCACCCUCCACCUCGGUGGCCCCGCUGCAGCCACAGGUCCUUCAGCCGACCCCCACGCGCUCGUUGUACCCCUCGCUGACCGGCCAGCAACAACAAGCCCCCAAGCCGGUCGCUGUCAAUGAACCACCUCCAAUCAACUGGGGCGCUACUUCCAUGCCUGCAGCAACACCGUCGAGCAACAACGGGUUCGAUGCGUUCGCUCAGCCGCUGGCCCCGAUCCAGACAAAUUCGCUGUUCGACUCGAUCAGCAGCGUACCACUUCAACCCUCGCCCGCUCCUUCCAUGCAGGCGCUCACCCCAACCAUGACGUCAUCUGGAGGUCUUCCACCCAUGCAUCCGCAGCCGAAUGGCGCCUCAUCGCGCGGCACCAACCGGCACUCGAUCAACGACGACGGCUUCUCCUGGGAUUCGUUCAAUUCGACGCCGCUCAGCAAGAUGCGCAGCGAAUCCCCGCAACCACUGGUCCCCAGCCGGCCCACCUACGACCAGCCGCCAGCAAUGCCCGUCUACGAACAGCCACCGGCACUAUCGGCUUCGAACCCGUUCGCGGCCAUGCAGCAGCAGCAGGGCCCACCCUUGGCCAGCUACGAUCAACCGCCGCUCGAACCGCAGCCGUUGUCGGCUCGAGUAGCCCCGCAACUGCCUCAGAAUUCUGGGGCCCAAAAGACCCACCCGAUGGUGAUGGCCGAGUACGACUUCCAGCCGGUCGGCGACAACCAGUUGUUGAUCCGCGAGGGCGAGCGCCUACAGCUCCUGCAGCGCCACGAUGAUGACGGGAACACCGAGUGGUUCCUGGUCAAGAGGGCCAGCGGCGAGCAGGGAUACGUCCCAGCAGCCUACUUGAAAGAUCUG